AUGAAGCCUUUGCACGGAAACGAUAUGCUCAGUCCCGAUCGGCACGAUGUUGGGAGACGUUCUCCAGUCGGGCACUCACGGUCUCCGAGCCCUCUGGUGCCGGAAGAUGGGCAAGCCACUCCAGCCGAGAAGCCGUCACCUGCAAUUGCGUACAGGGUCAAGACACCCGGGCAGGUCCUACACGAGGCUGUUGACCACGAGGAUCUGGAUGGAGUGACACGCAUCCUUCGAGCCUCGCCGGAUUGUGUCGACGCGAAGAACGAACGGGGCCGGACGCCUCUGCAUGUUGCGGCGAUAACGGGCCGAAACGACAUUGUCAAGGUGCUCAUCUCGAAGGGCGCAGACGUUGAUGCACUAUCCGGCUGGAAAUAUACUCCUCUGACUUUCGCCACCGACAGUAAUCAUCCUGAUGUUAUGAUGACUUUGAUGCGGUCAAAGGCGAACUUGCAAGUGGUCACGAAAGCUGGAUACACGCUAUUGCACCUGGCAGCCCUGAGGGCAAAGAAGAAUAUGCGAACUGCAAUUCUGCUCCUGUUAUUUAUGGGUGCGGAACUGGAUUCUCUGGAUAAGAACGGGCUCACUGUGUUGCAAAGUGCAGUGUCAGAAGGCAGAUACUCGAACGUGCAGACUCUGUGUGCAUUUGGGGCGGACCCAGCAUUCGAGAACCCCGAUGGCAAGAACGCAUUCUACUACACGGAAGGAUUAGAUGCGAGUCUUGCCAAAAGAAUGGAACACGUAUUGAGUAAAUGGGCAAAGCCUGGGAGACAGACGCGCAAAAUAUUACCGGAGCUGUCCAAGUUCAUCACAUUGGGAGGGCAGAUAGACGUGAUCAACAUGCUAGCCUGGGCCUCGAUGAAGGGGCAUUUACCGCUUGUGGAAGGUAUUCUGGACCUCUUUCUUGAAGAGAACCCUUCCAUUAUCGAGUCACAGAGCCUGGAAAGAGGUUGGAAGCCCAUUCAUCAUGCGGCUCGGGCAGGUCAAAGCAAAGUUACCGAAAUUCUUUUGAGUAAAGGAGCCGCCGUCGACGCCCCAACUCUAUCGCAGAAGUUCACUCCACUGCAUCUAGCAGCAGAGAAAGGGCGACAGAGGACGGUCAAAGUCUUGCUAGACUAUGGGGCAAAUGUACUUGCUGAAACCCGGCAUGGAACCACAGCAAUUCAGCUUGCCGAGCUCGGACAACACCCGAAGACGUUAGAUAUCUUGCGCAGAUCUUCUCAUGCCAGUAUUCAAGGAGCUGGAGAGAAGUCUACGCAAGAAACUGGCGACCUCAGACAAGAUGGAGGGGGACCUUCAGAAGGGACCCAAACUGCCGAUAUUGCUGAUUCAUCGGAAUCAGAAGACGCAUCAGCCGGAACUGAACCCUCAGCAGUGCCAGAAACUGCACCGCUUCCCACCGAUGGCGGCUCAUUCGAUGGGGCUUUAUUUUCGGUCCCAGCUACAAGCUCAGAGAUAUCGCACUCGGAGACGUAUGAAUGGCUACUCGGUACGUGGGACAAGUUUGACUUCAAGAAGAAAUAUGAUCAACCUGUGAAAGUUGCAGUCCUGGAUACUGGAUUGGACGUCAAACACCAGAAUUUCAGAAAACCUAGGUUGACUAAAUUCAUCAAUGGCAAACCGUCAUGGGCAACUCAUCCAGAGCCGACUCAGUACGAAAGAAUCAAGGCUUGUGAAGACUUCACAAUUUCCGGUCACAUUGCAGGCAAAGACGAAAUGGUCGACCUCGACGGGCAUGGCACUCAGGUAGCAGAACUUAUACUCCGACUGGCUCCAAGAUCGGAGCUUUACAUAGCUCGCAUAUGUGAAGGGGAUAUCAAUCGCGGUGCGGCAACUCAGUUGCCGGCGACAGAAAAUCCCGUCAAGAAACCGCGACCGGACAUCGUCGCAAAGGCCAUCGACUGGGCUGUAAGCCAGAAAGUAGACAUUAUCAACAUGUCUUUCGGCUUUGAGGAAAGUCAGAAAGAGGUGAAGGCAGCCCUCAACCGUGCAGUGCGCGACUCAAAGGUCCUCGUCUUCUCCGCCAUGUCCAACCACGGCAAUAACAGCCGAGACCCGUGCUGGCCAGCGAGAGAUCCGUACCUCACAAUUGGAGUGCAUUCUUGCGAUGAAUGGGGGAAAAGGUCGUCAGGAUUCACACCGAGGUAUGUCCACGGAUCGCACAACUUCAUGUUUGUUGGCGAGCAAGUCAUUACGCAGUGGCCAGAGGCAAAGGGUGGCGGGUUCAGACUGGCUAAGGGUACCUCAUUUGCUGCGCCAGCCGUUGCAGCGAUGGCUGCUUUGAUACUCGGUUUUACUCGGCAGCACAUGUGCAGGAAGGAGAGGGAGGACGCCGAGACUAAGAUCGAUCUUGGCGAGCUGCGCGAGCUUCGCGGGAUGGAGAGGGUGCUGGAGAGCAUUAGUGAGAAGGAUGAGACGUCGAGGUACUCUUACAUCCACCCUAUGCUUUUGUGGAAGGAUUUCAGUACAAGCCUUGGGGAGGACAAGAGUAAGGUCAGGCAGCAUGCCUGCCUGGGCCAGUCAAAACCACAGAUCGUGUGCAUCUCCACACCACCCUCAGGCGGUGUCACGAUCACCACGUCGUCGUCUAUUGCGAUAAGGCAGCCACCGGAUGCCAGACGCAGCUCCAGCUUCUUCAGCUUCAUUACGACUAUGGCCCGGGUUGUGGAAAUACAGAAUCUCCGACAGACUUUGUCAUCGGCUCCGGUCACCGGACUGUUCAUCACGACGGCAACUCCUCCGAGAAGUCCAUUCUCCGAAGACGCAGAGCAAACAAGGCGGUUCCACGACCAGGCAGAGAGGGGGCAGCGAAGCUAUCGCAUGUCUGCCUUGAGACAGCAGCGAGCUCUCUACGAAUGGGUCGCCGCCUGGUUGCCUUGA